UUCACACCACUUCACACCACAAUUUAAUUUUAUAAGCUAUAUUUGAGUUUACCGAAGAAAAAAACUUGAUUGACUUAAGGAAUAAAACAAAAACUUAUUGAAAAUGGCAUCACGAUUUCCAAGAUAUAAUGCUUUAAUUGUAAAACCGGGAUCAGGUUCUCGACUACCACCAAUGCCAACAAUUCGAGAUGUUAUAAAAAUGUAUAAACUACGAGCGAUGAAACAGUUGUCACAAAAUUUUCUAAUGGAUGAACGAUUGACAGGGCGAAUUGUUCGUAUGUGCGGAGAUAUAUCCGACCAACAUGUGCUUGAAGUUGGACCGGGACCUGGAAGUAUAACACGAUCAAUAUUACGACGUGGCCCAAAGCAAUUGGCUGUCGUUGAAAAAGAUCGACGCUUCAUGCCGACAAUGGAACUACUUGCCAAUUCCGUUAGGCCAUCGAUUCAAAUGGAUAUUUAUCGUGAUGACAUCUUGAAAUUUCGCAUUGAAAACGCAUUUCCAUCAAAUAUUUGUUGUGAAUGGAAUGGCAACCGACCACCAGUUCACAUAAUUGGUAAUUUACCAUUUGCUAUUUCAACUCGAUUGUUAGUCAAUUGGCUUAAAGAUAUUAGUUUGCGACAAGGAGCAUGGGUUUACGGGCGCACUGCAAUGGUGCUCACUUUUCAGAAAGAGGUUGGCGAACGUAUAGUGGCACCAAUUUCAGAUGACCAACGGUGUCGUCUAUCCGUUAUGUCACAAAUUUGGACUAAACCAGAACUGCGAUUUAUAAUUCCCGGAACUGCAUUUGUUCCGAAACCAGAAGUUGAUGUAGCCGUUGUUAGACUUGAACCUCUGAAGGAACCAUUAACUACAUUACCAUUUGAUUUGGUGGAAAAAAUUAUGCGCUAUCUAUUUUCGAUGCGUUCAAAGGAAAUAAAGAAGGCCGUUUCGAAUCUAUAUCCAAACGAAUUGUGCAAGGAACUAACAACGCAAACGUUUGCACAAGCUGGUGUAAGUCCACUAGCCAAAUGCUUUGAACUAUCUAACGAGGAAUGUUUACGCAUAGCCAGCGCCUAUAAUGACAUCAUAAAAGAAUAUCCAAAUGUUGCAAAUUAUAACUAUAGAGCUCCUAAAGUGAAAGCCUUCAAUGUCGGAAUGCUUCAACAAAGUGAUAUUUCCGGUGAAGAUGAUGCAGUGGACAAAGAAUCUGAUGUCAAUUACAAUAUUCCGCAUGAGCAUCCUUAUGAUGAUUAUACUAAAUAUUGAGAUAAAACUAAUAAAAUAUCCUGAAGUCAACACCGUUUUUUUUUGGAAAACUUGAA